AUGGCUCCCGCGCCGACAGACACCAAUUGGACUGUCGAGAAUGACGUCCUUCGACGGGAGCGUCUGUUCAGAAAUCCCCCCUCGGACCAUACCGCAUACCCCUCCUUGGCCGAAGCGAUCCGGCCUCACAUCGACUCUUUCAAUGCGCUGUUCGACGGUAGCAAGAUCCUGGACGCAGGAUUGAAGGAUAUUGGUAUCAAGACCUUCCUUGACGGUGAUGCAGAGACUCCGGAACAGAAGAAGGCACGGCAAGCGGAGGGCCGCAAAGCACCCAAGAGGAACAGGCUCAAUGUUCGCAUUAAAGAAGUCUUCCUUGAAAAGCCCGUUCUGCCCCCGACCAACAAGUUCACCACUCGCAACCGUAACAUCUACCCAUCGGAGUGCCGUGAGAGGCAUGCCUCAUACAGAGGAAAGCUGCGCGCUAGGAUUGAGUAUCAGGUCAACAAUGGAGACUGGGCGGAGUCAGUCAGAGAAUUGGGUCAGGUUCCAAUCAUGUUGAGGACCAACAGAUGUCACUUGGAAAAGGACACUCCCCAGCAGCUCGUCCAGCACAAGGAAGAAUCGGAGGAAUUGGGUGGUUAUUUCAUCGUCAACGGUAACGAAAAGCUGAUUCGAAUGCUUAUCGUCGGAAGGAGAAACUUCCCCAUGGCUAUUGUCCGUGGUUCAUUCACCAAGCGUGGAAACACCUACACCAAGUUCGGUAUCCAGAUUCGAUCCCUUCGACCCGAUCAGACAUCCCAGACCAACGUCCUGCAUUAUCUCAGUGAUGGAAAUGUGACCUUCCGUUUCUCAUGGCGUAAAAACGAGUAUCUCGUCCCGGUGAUGAUGAUUCUCAAGGCCCUGGUAGAGACAAACGACCGUGAAGUUUUCGAAGGUCUGGUGGGAGGCGCUUCCUCUAAGGGCGUUGACAACAUUUUCGUGACCGACCGUGUUGAACUUUUGUUGCGAGUGUACAAGGCGUACAACCUGCACACUCGCUCAUCUUGCCGGGCUUACCUGGGAGAGAAGUUCAAGCCCGUUCUCGGAGUUCCAUUGGACAUGCCCAACGAGGAGGCCGGUACCGAAUUCCUCCGCAAGGUUGUUCUGCCUCAUCUUGGAAACCAGAAUGUCACAGAGACUCAGGAUUAUGACAAGUUCAAGAUGAUCCUGUUUAUGAUCCGAAAGCUUUAUGCUCUUGUCGCUGGCGACUGUGCCCCCGAUAACCCCGAUGCCGUUUCUAACCAAGAAAUUCUGCUUGGUGGCUUCCUUUACGGGAUGAUUUUGAAAGAAAGACUAGAGGAGUGGGUGAGGUCUUUUGCCCCCAUCCUCAGGGACUGGAGCAACCGUAACAACGGGGCAAAGUUCACUGAUCCCGAAUUCGAGAGGGAUUUCCUGGGCAAGGUCGUGAAACGGUCCAAUGAGAACAUUGGAGGUGCCCUGGAGUAUUUCUUGUCGACAGGAAACCUGGUCAGUCCUACAGGUCUCGAUCAACAGCAAACGUCUGGUUACACCGUCAUGGCCGAAAAGAUCAACUUCUAUCGAUUCAUCAGUCAUUUCCGCAUGAUUCACAGAGGUAGUUUCUUCGCCCAGUUGAAGACCACCACAGUCCGUAAAUUGCUACCCGAGAGUUGGGGUUUCUUCUGCCCUGUUCACACGCCUGAUGGUUCGCCAUGUGGUUUGCUCAACCAUCUUGCGCACAAGUGUUUGAUUGCUACCAGCGACUUGGAUGUCUCUCAUCUCCCUAGAAUUUUGGUUCAGCUUGGUGUACGAUCCGAGUCAUCCGUGGCUCUGGAAGAGAGUGUGACCGUCCAGCUUGACGGAAGAAUUAUCGGUUACUGCUCACCCAAGCAAGCCCGUAUGAUCGCCGACACCUUGAGACAUUGGAAGGUGAAUGGCACCAACAAUAUCCCGCGGGAAUUGGAAAUUGGAUACGUCCCCAACUCCGGUGGUGGUCAAUACCCCGGUAUCUACAUGUUCUCCCAAGCCGCCAGAAUGUACAGACCCGUCAAGUACCUGCCUACCGACAAGCUCGACUACGUCGGCCCCUUUGAACAGCCAUUUAUGGAGAUUGCCUGUUUAUCACAGGAUUUGGUCGCUGGUGUCUCCACCCAUAUCGAGUUCACACCAACCAACAUUCUCUCCAUUGUUGCCAACAUGACGCCUUUCUCCGACUACAACCAGUCUCCUCGUAACAUGUACCAGUGCCAGAUGAGCAAGCAAACAAUGGGUACCCCUGGAACAUCAAUCGACUACCGAACAGACAACAAGCUCUACCGCUUGCAAACUGGUCAGACUCCAAUCGUGCGGCCACCACUCUACAACGCAUAUGGAUUGGACAACUUCCCCAACGGCACUAACGCUAUUGUGGCCAUUAUUUCUUACACGGGUUAUGACAUGGACGACGCUAUGAUUAUCAACAAGUCUUCGCACGAGCGUGGAUUCGGUCACGGUACAAUCUACAAGACCAAGAUCCACUCACUCGACGACAAAGACUCUCGGAGAGGCAAGUCGAGACGUGAAAUCAGCAAGCUCUUCGGUUUCGCCCCAGGUGGUGAGAUCAAGGCCGAAUGGCGUGCUAUGCUUGAUGAAGACGGUCUUCCGCACAUUGGCGCCAGAGUCCAGGAGGGCAGUCUCGUUGCCGCAUGGCACACCGUGCGCUACGACGCAGCUUCCGAUUCCUAUGUGAACGUUGAUGGUGUCACCCACUUUGUCAAGUACAAGGACGCUGAAGAGGGUUACAUCGACAGCAUCCGUGUCAUGGGUGCUGAAUCAGGCAUUGAACCCUGCCAGGCACUCAGUGUGAAGUACCGCGUUCCCAGAAAGCCCGUCAUUGGUGACAAGUUCUCUUCUCGUCACGGACAGAAGGGUGUUUGCUCACAGCUCUGGCCGGCAGUCGACAUGCCCUUCUCCGAGAGUGGCAUGCAGCCCGAUCUUAUCAUUAACCCUCACGCUUUCCCUUCGCGUAUGACAAUCGCCCAGAUGAUCGAAUCUAUGGCCGGUAAGGCUGGCGCCCUGCACGGACAUCCUCAAGACUCGACUCCAUUCCAGUUCUCCGAGGAGAACCCUGCAACAGACUACUUCGGCCACCAGCUGCGCAAGGCCGGAUACAACUACUACGGUAACGAGCCGCUGUACAGUGGUAUCACCGGAAAGGAAUUCGCGGCCGACAUCUUCAUGGGUGUCGUCCACUACCAGCGUCUGCGUCACAUGGUUAACGACAAGUUCCAAGUCCGUACCACUGGUCCCGUCAACUCUCUGACUGGCCAGCCCAUCAAGGGUCGUGCCAAGGGUGGUGGUAUCCGUGUCGGAGAGAUGGAGCGUGACUCCCUCAUUGCCCAUGGUGCCGCCUUCAUCCUCCAAGAUCGUCUCAUGAACUGCUCCGACGCCCAACGCUCCUGGAUCUGCCGUGACUGCGGUUCCUUCCUGUCCGCGCAGGUCGCAGUCUCGUCCGCCGGCUCCAGCAAGGCCCGUAUGGCUGCCAACGCCAGUGCCUCCGCAGCCACCUCCAACCAGCUCACCCAGUCCAGCGGAGCACCAGGCAUUGUCCGCUGCAGACGCUGCGCCCGGGAAGCCGUCUUUGACGACUCUCGUGCCGAGGUUUGGGAAGACGGUGAUGGACGCCGGUAUGUCGGUGGUGACAAUGUCACCAUUGUCGCCGUCCCUGGUGUUCUUCGCUUCUUGGACGUUGAAUUGGCAGCCAUGGGUAUUAGGAUGAAGUUCUGGGUUGAAAACUAA